CAGCCACUGAGCAAAGCCAUGCUGUUCGGCGCCCUGCUUGUCCUACUGGCUGUGACCUCCACGAACGGGCUCCUCACUGGCAGGCCCAACCCCGAGAGGCCAACAAGAAUAGAGGCGCUGCGAAAUGCGGUCAUCCGGCAAUCCUUGGACGGUCAGGUCAACUGGAAGAGGAACCAGGUGGCUGAGAAUGAGAAGCUGAAGAUGGCCAGAGAAGCUUUGGCCCAGCAAUACCAGGUUGAGUGGCAACAGGCCAAGAAAGAACUGACCCAGGAUCAAGAGAGUAACAGACGCCCGGCCAAGGAGACGUUGGCCCAAGGGGAAAAGAAGCUGUUGGCCGAAAGGACAGCGGAUUAUUCAGCCACGAAAAAGGAUAGGGUCGAGUCAAAGACCACAGACAUGAACAGGGCCGAGUCUAAGACCAUGGACACGGACGGGCAGAGAGCUUAAGACCACAGACACGGCCAGGGCAGAACCUAAGACCACAGACAAGGACAGGGCAGAGCCUAAGACCAAAGAUACAGACGGCGCAGAGCCACAGACCACAGACACAGCGGGCAGAGCCUAAGACCACAGACA